AUGGGUCCUCGGCAGAUCAACAACCCGAGGGUUCCUGAUAUGAUACAUCGGACAGGCUCUAGAUCUCUAUCCUUGACUGAUGCCGACGACUAUUUCUUUCCAGCACCUCCCCAGGUACCAAGGUCAUCUUCGUUCAAUAGCGAACGAGUAUUACUUCCCGAUGCCGGCGGACCAUCGACGCCGUUGCCCGCGUACAAGCGUCAGCUGUCAAGCGACAGCACCAGCCGCAGCCGGACGUCAACUCUCAGAGACAGAAGUCUGGUGGAUCUCAGCGAUGUAAAGGCGAGAAUGUAUGAGAAGGGCUUUGUCCCUGCCGCUGAAGAAGAGGCGAUGCCAUUCAAUAUCAAGUACAACUCAUCUUGCUAUACCGUCGAACGCCUGGCAGAUUUCGAUGAUCUCGAACUCCGGCCGACCCUCGUCAAAGCGGUACACAAGCUGAUGCCUUUCGUGACCGUUGCAGCCUUGGCUGCCAGCUUUGGUUAUUUCGGCUUCCGGGUAUACUGUACGCUUGCCACCCAGAGAGCGCGGGACAAAAUUUACCCCAUGGCAUGGGUGUUUAUCAUUGCGGAGGCGUUCGUCGCGUUCCCGCAGCUCUUCUAUGCCUUCUAUUCCUUCCUUGCUCUUCGGUCGCGGAAACGGCCCAAGCUCCGUCUUCGAGGCAAUGCUGUCCCCACGGUCGACGUCUUUGUUACCUGUUGCAAGGAGGACAUCGACGUCGUUCUCGAUACUGUCCGUGCAGCAUGUGUGAUCGACUACCCCAGGGACCGUUUCCGAGUAGUCGUCUGUGACGAUGGCGGCUCUGAGGAAUUGCGGCAAGCAGUCGGUACCCUGCGAACAUGCUAUCCAAAUCUUCUUUACUGGGCACGAAUCAAGGAAAAGGGCAAGCCCCAUCACUUCAAAGCCGGUAACCUCAUCGCUGCGACAGAUAUGGUUGCCACCCUUCCUGAUGGACCCGGAGAGUUCAUCGCCGCUCUGGAUGCCGACAUGAUCCCCGAGCCUGAAUGGCUGCGCACUCUGACGGCCCAUCUGGUCAUCGACGAUAAAAUGUCCUUGGUGUGCCCACCCCAGCUUUUCUACAAUACGCCCAAAGGAGACCCUCUCUUCCAGAGCUUAGACUCUUUCGUCCGUGUGCAAGAAGUCAUCAAAGAUGCCAAUGGUGUUGCAUGGUGCACCGGCUCCGGGUACGCAGUGAGGAGGGCUGCUAUUGAAAGCAUCGGUGGGUGGCCCACGGGCUCGCUGGCCGAAGAUGUCUUCACCAGUUCCAUGCUGCUGGGCCACGGGUGGAAAACCGCCUUUGUGCACGAGCCACUCCAGUGGGGACUCGUGCCCGACACGUUCACCGGCCACCUCAAACAGCGGACGCGCUGGACUCUGGGCACGCUGCAAACGGCGGUCAAGCUCAAUUUCUGUCUUUACGGAGUCGGCGCCCGGGGCAUGACCUUCAGUCAACGCCUCUCCGGGUUUUUGUUCCCUGUGGAUAACUUGCUCCGCAUGUUUAUCGCCUUUGCGGUUGUCGCCAUCCCCGUCGGUCUAAUGUCCGGCAAGGUCCUUGUGCUGUACGUCAGCGAGGAGCAGCUGCGGUGGCAGAUUCGUCUCUGUUUCUUGGGCUUCGCGCUAGGUCGACUGGCCGAAUACAUCACCUUCUUGCCCUCGGGAUACCGGCUUGCUCGACGAGACUUUGACGCCUCUCUGUGGAUGCUCCCGUACAAUGCCGUCACCAUCGUCCAGUCUUUCCUUCUACCGAAAUGGUUAGGCGGCAAGCCCAUGGCCUUCUCACCUACUGGCUCUCUCACCUCGGAACUCAACGAGCGCGACAUCAAGCAGAGGGCGCCUCUCUGGAGACGCCUCAAGGUCAUCAUCUGGGACUGCAAGGCUUACAUCCACCUGGUGUACGUGGUGUUUACCGUGACUGCCGUCGUGUUGGCCUUUGGCCGCGCGCUGUCAAUCACGGGAGAUGUCAGCGCACAGUACCGCUACAUCUUGACCCACAUUUGCUGGCCACCGAUGUUGUGGGUGCUGUCCGCAAUCGCCUUCACCGUGCCCAUCCGAUACGCGAUAUGGCCUCCAACAGUGCCUGGUCGGGAGGAGCUACUCGAGCGGGACCCGGACACCUUUAUCGCACACCCGAAACACGAGUCCAAGCAAACGAAAUGGAGCAAGUUGACGUUGUUCCAUGAGGCCGUGUACGUUGCUGUCACAGUGUAUACCACGUUGGCGUUUGUGGCGACUCUAGUUUGGGAUUGA